AACCAACUCAGGUCCGGCUGGUGAAUGGCUCCAGCCGCUGCUCAGGGCGAGUCGAGGUCCACCACAACCAGCAGUGGGGGACGGUGUGCGAUGACAGCUGGAACCUGAGUGAUGCCGAGGUGGUCUGCCGGCAGCUGGGCUGCGGGCUGGCCGUGUCAGCCCCUGGCAGGGCUCUGUUUGGGCAAGGACACGGUCCCAUCUGGCUGGACGACGUGAACUGCACGGGGAUGGAAGGUGCCAUCACUGAAUGCAGCUUCAAGCCCUGGGGAGCCCAUAACUGCAACCAUGGUGAAGAUGCGGGUGUCGUGUGCUCAGGUAAGCCUGGUCCGGACCCUACGGAGCUACGGCUGGUGAAUGGCCCAAAUCGCUGCGCUGGGCGCCUCGAGGUGCUUCACAACUGGCAGUGGGGGUCCGUGUGUGACAACGGCUGGGACAUGGAGGAUGCCAAAGUGGUGUGCCGGCAGCUGGGCUGUGGUGCUCCAAUCUCUGCUCCAGGCUGGGCCAGGUUUGGCAGGGGCUAUGACCCCAUCUGGCUGGAGACAGUCAGCUGCCAGGGGACGGAGGCUGCCCUUACCGAGUGCAGAGCCCAGGUGUGGGGCAUCCACAACUGCCACCACGGGGAAGACGCCAGCGUGGUGUGCUCAGACCCAAUGGUGCUUCGGUUGGUGAACGGCCCCAGCCGCUGCUCGGGGAGGGUCGAGGUGCUUCAUAACGAGCAGUGGGGGACGGUGUGUGACGAUGGCUGGGACCUGCGCGAUGCCGAGGUGGUGUGCUGGCAGCUGGGCUGCGGGGCGGCAGUCGCAGCCCCGGGCUCAGCUCGCUUUGGCCGGGGACGUGAUGCCAUCUGGCUGGAUGAGGUGAACUGCACAGGGAGCGAGUCUGCCCUCUCCGAAUGCGGGGCUGAGCCGAAAGGAGUUCACAAGUGCCACCAUGGAGAGGAUGCUGGUGUGGUGUGCUCAGGUAGCUGCUGUUCCUCUGCUGAUGAGCUCCUGGGUAGCAACACUGCAGGAGCUCCAGGGCCAGUCCGGCUGGUGAACGGCUCGAAUCGCUGCUCUGGGAGAGUUGAGGUGCUGCACAAGCAGCGAUGGGGAAGCGUGUGCGACGACGGCUGGGACCUGGACGACGCAGCAGUGGUGUGCCAGCAGCUGGGCUGUGGGACA